AUGACUUUGCGGACUAUUGAUGGGAUCGAAAAUAAAAAAUUAUGUCUUAUUAUGGUGACGAAAAAUGAAAGAGAUAGACGUUUUUUGACUCAAAAAUUAAUUAGAUAUAUGGGUUGGCUAGCAAUAAAAUGUAAAGUUUUUAAAGACAAAGACAAUACAGGCUGUUCCAUAGAUAUUAAUGAUGUUAUAACAAAUAUUUGUGAAUGGUUUAGAGAAGAACAUAGUAUUAUAGCUAUUUUAAAUAUAUAUGAUAUCAACCUGUGCAAUGGAUCACAGUAUGAUCAAACAUUUAAAAAACAUCAUAUUGAUACUUUGUUUAUUGAAUAUAUUGGAGAUGAUUUGAAUUCUAUUAAUUGUAAUGCUAUAAAUAAUACAUAUAUAAAAAGAGUUGGUGAUACUUCUGAUGACAUUAUUAGUAACAGUAAAAUUUUAAAUGGUCAAUUAAGUUAUGUUAUUUUAAGAAAAGAGUCAAAGGAUACCCUAAUUAAUAAAGUUGAUAAUUAUUUACAAACAAGAGUAAUUUUUUAUAUUCUUAAUAUUAAUAUGGAAAAUAAAUCAAUCUGGUUGUCAAGACAUGGAGAAUCAAUGUACAAUUUAGAAGAGAAAAUUGGUGGUGAUUCGUCUCUAUCACCCAGAGGUCAUAAAUAUGCACAGUUAUUACCUAAUUUGAUCAAGUGUCAGGUUGGUGACUUACCACUAGUAGUAUGGACUUCCACCUUAAGAAGAACACAAGAAACUGCAAGAUUUUUACCUUAUAAGAAAUUGGCUUGGAAGGCUCUUGAUGAAUUAGAUGCUGGUGUAUGUGACGGCAUGACAUAUAAAGAAAUUGAGCAAGUAUACCCUGAGGAUUUUAAAGCUAGAGAUGAGGAUAAAUAUCAAUACAGGUAUCGUGGUGGGGAAUCAUAUGCUGAUGUAGUUAAUAGAAUAGAGCCUGUUAUUAUGGAAUUGGAACGUCAAGAUAAUGUCUUGAUUAUCACACAUCAAGCAGUGUUAAGGUGUAUUUAUGCUUACUUUAUGAAUGUUCCACAAGGCGAAUCACCGUGGAUGACUAUUCCUUUGCACACAUUGAUAAAAUUAACACCUACAAUAGACGGUGUGAAAGUAACGAGAUUUAAGACUGAUAUACCGGCUGUAAGUACGUAUAAGGAAAAGGGAUCAAGUGAUAUAACAGAUAUGCCAUCUACUUUAUCAUCUAAAUAUGCUAAUAUUUUAGAGGAAGUUUCUGAUAUACAAAAUAUAUAA